UCUGUGGCGUAGGUAGAGGUUUUAUGUUUUGUUGAAGACAACACUGGUCGAUUUUUGGAGAAAAACUGAGAGGACAAGUUCCUGUGUAACAUGCAUAAUGUAUCUGUAUUGACGUUCGGGUAAAAGGUACUGUAGGAUCCCAGGGGCAGAGACUGCGAUGGUUUGUACAAAGUAAACCCUUAACCUAUGGCAAAAGUCACUGAUUUCCAGUGGCAAAUACCUGUGCCAGAAGUUCUUCUUAAGGGAGCUGUGUUUGACAGAUGGGAUGAGGAAUCAGCUACACUAGAACCUAAGUGUAUUGUGAAGGUUGAUGAAUAUGGAUUCUUCAUCAACUGGCAAAGCACAGAUCGGGAUGGCCAGGUUCUAGAAAUAUCUCAGGUUAAUGACAUUCGCUUAGGAUUGGCUCCUAAAAUAAAUGAUCCUCGUACCUAUGCUGAAAUAGAACAGAGGGGUAAUGGUAAUCUGGAAUGGAGGACAGUUACUAUCUGUAGUGGACUGGACCUAGUUAACAUCAACUAUACACCAAUGAUAGCUGCUGACCCUGAUACCGCACGGGUUUGGUAUGAAUGCCUGAGAAAACUAACGCCCAACACCAAAGCAAAUAACAUCUGCCCAAUGACAUCAUUGAAAAAACACUGGUUAAAGCUUUGCUUGUUGGUCAAUCCAAAGGGAAACAUCCCUGUGAAAAGCAUCACCAGAACGUUUGCCUCUGGGAAGACAGAGAAGAUGAUCAUGCAGUGUUUGAUGGACCUGGGUCUCCCGGGAGGAAAGAAUGAUGAGAUUGACCCCAAACUAUUUACUUUUGACAAAUUUUAUGAACUUUAUCACAAGAUUUGCCCUAGAACAGACAUAGAGGACUUAUUUCGUGAAAUAGCUAGUAGUGCCACAAAAACAUAUCUUACAGUACCUCAACUUGUGGACUUUUUCAAUGAGAGACAGAGAGACCCUCGACUGAAUGAAAUUUUAUUCCCUCAUUAUAACAAGAAAAGAAUUCUACAGAUCAUCCAGAACUAUGAAAAAGACCCAGAAUAUAUUGAGAAUGAAUGGCUAAGUUCGGAUGGAUUUUGUCGAUAUUUGAUGUCGGAUGAAAACGCUCCUGUGUAUUUAGAAAGGUUGGACAUAUACAUGGACAUGGAUCAACCUCUGUGUCAUUACUUCAUUAAUUCUUCACACAACACAUACCUAACAGGCAGACAGUUUGGGGGGCGGUCCUCAGUAGAGAUGUAUAGACAGGUGCUUCUGGCUGGAUGUAGGAGUAUUGAGUUGGAUAUUUGGGAUGGAACAAAAGAGGAGCAAGAACCCAUCAUUACCCACGGCAUGGCAAUGUGCACAGAUAUUUUAUUUAAGGAUGUUAUUCAGGCAAUAGCAGAAACAGCCUUCAUCACUUCUCAGUAUCCUGUUAUACUGUCAUUUGAAAAUCAUUGCAGCAAGCCACAGCAAUAUAAAAUGGCCAAAUACUGUGAGGAGAUAUUUGGGGAUAUGUUGUUGAAGAAACCAUUGGAAAAUUGCCCUUUACAACCUGGAGUACCCUUACCAUCACCCAAUCAGCUCAAAGGAAAAAUACUCAUCAAAAACAAAAGACUUCGCCCAGAGGUGGAAAGAAGACAAUAUGAGUUAUUCAUGAAAGGGCAGUAUCAGACGGCAGUAGAGGAGUCGUCUCAGGAUCAAGACGCCCUCACCAAAGUCAUUGAUGAUAUAGAAGGAGAGGAUGGCCCAAUGAACGAAAUUGACCCCCCAACAGUUAGCACAAACACUGAUGCCCAUCCAGAGUUGCAUCUUGGGAAGGGUGAAGAUAUGGAUAUCAGCAUUGAUGGGGAGGAUUGUCUGGCCAAAAAAACAUUCAGGCAGUUCUCUGGCAAAAAAGGGAGCCUGACGGCAGAUGAGGAGGCGGCCUUGAUGUCAGCCUACCAUUACGAGAGAGCCACCACCAAUAUUCAUCCUUACUUAUCCUCCAUGGUUAACUAUGCUCAGCCCGUCAAAUUUCAGGGCUUCAAAGUAGCAGAAGAGCAAAAUAUUCAUUAUCACAUGUCAUCCUUCAAUGAAAAUGUGGGACUACAAUACCUCAAAUCUCAGGCCAUUGAGCUUGUCAACUACAAUAAACGCCAAAUGAGUCGAAUCUAUCCAAGGGGUGGUCGAGUAGAUUCCAGUAAUUACAUGCCACAGCUAUUCUGGAAUGCUGGAUGUCAGAUGGUAGCACUUAACUUCCAAACAUCAGAUCUAGCCAUGCAACUUAAUCAGGGAAAGUUUGAGUACAAUGGAAACUGUGGGUAUUUACUGAAGCCCGAUUUCAUGAGGAGACCCGACAGAAACUUUGAUCCGUUCCUGGAGAGCACUGUGGAUGGUAUCAUUCCAGCUCAGUGUUCAGUACAGAUCAUCUCUGGUCAGUUUCUGUCUGACAAGAAAGUUGGGACCUAUGUAGAAGUAGACAUGUAUGGACUGGCCACCGACACAAUCAGGAAAGAGAUGCGCACUAAAGUGGUGCCAGCAAAUGGACUCAACCCUGUGUAUAAUGAGGAAAAAUUUGUGUUCAGAAAGGUAGUGUUACCAGAUUUAGCUGUCCUGAGAAUAGCAGUUUAUGAAGACACAGGCAAACUGAUCGGUCAGCGCAUCCUGCCACUGGACGGGUUACAGUCCGGCUAUAGAUACAUCUCAUUACGAACCGAGGGAAACUUCCCACUGUCACUACCUACCAUCUUCUGUAGGAUCAUCCUGGAGACCUACAUACCGGAAGAAGUGGGAAUAUUGGCUGACAUUUUGGCCAAUCCUCAAGACAAGAAACAGAGAAUGUUUGACAAGUUUGGUUACGACAGCGAUUCCAUUUCUGAUGCCCCAGUGCUUCCAAAAAAUGUUAGUAAAGCAGAGUUGAAACCAAGCACAAAUGGUCAACUGGCCCUUAAUUCAAACAACCAACAAGCAAAAGUGAAAGAUGAAAAGAAAGAUGAUUUAAAUUUCCCAACCCUUACAAGGGAAAGUGUGAAGUCAGAUAAACUCUUUCAGAAGUUGACAAAGAAACAACAAAAAGAACUACAGUUAAUGAAAAAGAAGCAUCAGAAGGAAAAAUCGGCCAUGCAUAAACAACAUUGCUUAGUUGUUGAUAAAAUUGUGAUCACACAAGACAAAAAGUUAAAUGCCAUGGAGAAAAAUAAGAAUAAGGGAGAUGUCACAGAUUCCAAAGUGCUGGUUGAUGAUCAUAAAACAGAAAUUUCAGAGAUGGUUACAAAGCAUACCAAGGAGUGGUCAGACAUUUCUCUUAGACAGAUAAAAGAAGAACAUGAUCUCCUUAAGGAACAUGUAGUCCAACAGAAUGUCCUACUAAAGAAACUGUUUGAAGCAGCUCAACAAGUACAGAUCAAAGAACAGGAGGUGCUAAAUGACAGAGAGGAGAAAGAAUUAACAAUAAAACAGUCCAAACAGUCCAUGGAGUCCAGUAAAGCUGUGAUGAAUGAUAAGACAAUCAAAGCCAAGGCAGAGAGGGAGAGGAGGAUUAAAGAAAUAAGUGAAAAUAACAUCAAAAGGUUCACAGAUGAACGUAAGAGGUUGAAAAUUAGGCAGUCAAAGCAGAUAGAGAAGUUAUUUCAGAAACAUCAACAAAUGAUGGAGAAGUUCAUGCAGGAAUGCACAAAAGAGGUAGAGAAAGUGGAGAUGAUGUUUGAGGAGGUAAAGCUUGCAGCACGUCCAGAGACCGAUGUCUGAUUAGGAGGGGAAAAGUCAAGAUCUGUAAGAGAACUGGUCUGUGACCUGAUUGGCUUCAUCAUUGUCAGUGAUUAUAGUCAUCCCAUGUGCCAGCUUCAAAUAAGCAUUAAUACAAAGAUUGGAAAUUUGUUGCCAAAGAAUAAAAAGAUCUUAGUUUCCCUUGUUACCUGUACUUCCAUUUUCUAUUGAUUUACACUUACUUUUGUCUCACUGAUUUUGUACAUAUAGGGUUGUUGAACUUAUUUUUUUCUCCUUCUCUUUCAUUAUGUUGUUACUGCGGUGUAUGUUGGGUUGAUGAUAUGCUGUAUACUUCUUCCAUUGUUGACAUAGAGUUAUUAUUUUUAUAGCAUUUACAAUGUAUGGUAUUUAUUAUUGUGUAUAGACUAUAUAUUUAAAUUUAUGAUUGUGUAUGAGAAUAAUGAACUUUUUUCACUAUCAAUUUUAAACCUUUUACUUCUUCAUGAAUAAGAAAGAUUUAAAUUAUGUUAUUUAUUUACUGUUAUUUUAUAGCUAAUUUUUUAAGUAUGUUUAUAAGAUAUGUUUUCAUAAUUAGGUAUGAUUUUGUAAAUAAUCAACCAAGUCCUUUAGUAUAAUGUUUUUGAAUGUGAAAAAAAAAAUUUUAAACUGUAGAUGAAAAUUGUUCAAACAAUCAUGUAGGACAAUGAAUUUUG